AUGACUGAACCAAGUGCUAAUCGUUGCUGGUCGAAAUUUAGUACAAUUUUCAUUAAAAUAACUCUUAUCUUAGUGAGUUUAUAUAUAUUAGCUUCAUUAGCUUUACCAAUCAUUCUUAUUGUUUAUCCAACGAGUGUCAAACAUGUUGUGUUUUUGAAUAUUUUGACGUCAGGUGCUAAUUUUACUCAACCGGAAAAAUUUGGUCUUGAUCGUGUGUUUAAUUUUUAUUUGGAUGUUGAACCUACAGUUCGCAUUGGUAUUUGGCAUUAUCGUUCUCCACUUGUUCAAGAUCAGCCAUAUACUACAGAUGAAGAUUAUUUUCAAAAACAUAUUGUAUCACAACGAUCAACUAUUCCAAUAAUUAUUUAUUUUCAUGGCAAUGCUUUUGAUCGUUCAAUAUUUACUCGUCGUGGAAUGUGUCAAAAAUUACGUAGCGAAUUAAAAUAUGAUGUUUUUACAUUUGAUUAUCGUGGUUAUGGUGAUUCAACUGGUGAACCAACAGAAGAAGGUUUAAUUAGAGAUGCUCGUUAUGUAUAUGAUUGGUUACAUAAUAUAACUAAUGGUCAAAGAAAAAUAUAUAUAUGGGGUCAAUCACUUGGUUCAUCUAUUGCUUGUCAAUUAGCAGCAAGAUUAUCCGAUGAUGAAAGUAAAAGUUUUGCUGGUAUUGUUAUGGAAGCACCAUUUAUCAAUAUUCAUCAAGCUUUACAAACACAUUAUCUUUCAUUAUUAUUUCGUUGGCAACCAUGGUUUUAUGGUUUAACUGAAAAAGCAUUACGUAUAAGUAAACUUUCAUUUCAAACACGUAGUCAUUUAUCAAAUCUUAAUUGUCCAUUGGUACUUUUACAUGCUGAUGAUGAUUAUACAAUACCUUAUGAACAUAGUAAACAAUUAUUACAAGCUGGUUUAACUAUACGUGAUGAUAAUAGAAGUAAGAAAAAAUUACUUCAUUUUACAAUUGAUAUGAUAUCAUUUCAUCAUGGUGGUUAUGGACAUUCACUUAUUUAUCGAGCACCGAACUUAAUACCGGCAUUAAAACGCAUUAUAUUCGAUGAAGAUUUAUGA